CCUUGUGGGUUGCCGUAGAUUCUCACUGCACAACACGGAAAUGAGAAUUUCAAAACACUAAUCCGGGAGAGUCUUCAUUAAUCGUGUGGAUUUAGUGCCGUUUCUCUUCAAAAUGCCGUCAUAUUGCGGGCAGUGAGAAAGAAGGCAGGCUACAGUGUUUGUGUUGUCUUAUGUGAAUAAGUGAUAUUAAUGUAUUAAUCUUCAUCAUGAAGCUGAGCUCAUCAGUAUUUGCUUUAUUGUGUCUCAUAUUUGAGAUUUUGUCAGUCGCUCUUUUCCUGAGAGGAUUCUUCCCUGUUCCUGUCAAAUCCUCCUUUUCAGCCAAGAGCAAACUGACUGACUUUCCUGCAGAGCCACACACAGGAGACGGCGUGAACUCGUCGCGAGCCCCGGCUCCUCUGUUCAGGCGUGUGGUGCUGCUCCUGAUCGACGCUCUCAGACAGGACUUUGUGUUCGGCUCUGACGGUCAGAGGUUCAUGCCGUACACCAGACAUGUGCUGGAGAGAGGCUCUUCUCACAGCUUCAUUGCCAAAGCCAGACCGCCCACCGUCACCAUGCCCAGGAUCAAGGCUCUGACGACCGGCAGCAUCCCGGGCUUCAUCGACGUGGUGAUGAACCUGAACUCUCCGGCUCUGCUGGAGGAUAACCUCAUCUGGCAGGCCAAGAGCGCCGGCAAGCGGAUCAUCUUCUACGGCGACGACACGUGGGUUCGACUCUUUCCCAAACACUUUAUGGAGCACGACGGCACCACCUCCUUUUUCGUGUCGGACUACACCGAGGUGGACAAUAACGUGACCCGUCACCUGGACGGCACGCUGAAGCGGGACGACUGGGAUAUUCUGAUCCUGCAUUACCUGGGUCUGGAUCACAUCGGGCACAUCAGCGGACCCCACAGCUCCCUGAUAGGACCCAAACUCACGGAGAUGGACGACAUCAUCAAGAAGAUUCACUCCUCGCUCAUAUCAAAGGAAUCUGAAGGGACGCUGCCCAACCUGCUGGUUGUGUGUGGAGAUCACGGCAUGUCUGAGACCGGCAGUCACGGCGGAUCGUCAGAAGCGGAGAUCAACACGCCGCUCGUGCUCAUUAGCCCCGCCUUCAGGAGGAAAGCGGGCCUGGAGGAGCCGGAGGUCCUGGAGCAGGUGGAUCUCCCCCCCACCCUCGCCCUGGCUCUGGGUUUGCCGGUGUCCCAGAACAGUGUGGGCCGCCUGAUCCCGGCCGUGUUCGAGGACUCGUCGCUCCGGGAUCAGCUCCGCCUCCUGCAGAUCAACGGACACCAGCUCAGCCGACUCCUGCGCGACAGCAACCCCUCCUUCCACAAGG